AAGAAGUUCAGCAGCGGCGCAGAUGAAAAUCCCCUGGUUGUUUUCUUUUUUUCAACCAACAAUUUGCCUAGAUGAAUAAUCAGCACAAUUAUGACUCCACUACUGACGGCGCGCGAGGCGGUCUCAAUAGCUUGUCUCAAUAGCUUCGAGUAUUUAUACUUUAGCUUCGACGCGGCCUCUCGCCAGCUGUAGCCUGUAGAGUAAAUAUUUAAUACUCAAACUAGCGAGUGUCUCACCUACUUUACUCACGAGAUACUAGAAAAUGAAGACCUGGGCACCAGCUUUCUCUAUCGCGGCGCUUCUGCUGCCCCUCGUAGCGGCUGAUUGUGAGAAGUUCGAGUUCAGGGGUCAAUACGGCGGCGAUGGUUUCACCACGACAAGUAACCAAAGCAUGCCAGUCUCUUCAUGGACGAACUGCACAGCGGAGCUUGCGCGUGGAGAUGGGGACAAUAAUAACACCUGCGAGUUCCACCACUACAGUAUGGGCUUAGUAUUACACCCCGAAAUCCGCUUCAUCAACUUCGACUCGGAGACGUCGGAGCACAUAUUCGAACUCGUAAGGGAAAACGCAAACCCCACCGCGUCUAGCCUCACGGACUUCAACGCCACGAUCGUCGUGAACUACACGGCAUCCCACACCGAUAUAGACCUCGGCGACGUCGGAUACUACGCCUUCACGCCUUUCAUACGCUGUUUUGACGGCGUACUCUCUGACUGCGAUGACGACGACGACGAUCCCGAGGACAUUAAUGCGGGCAAACUAAUCCGUGCCUGCGGUCUAUCAUGGACUGAUGAGGACCAGUCCCGAUUAGACCCCGGUCAUCAACAGUACUCUGGCCGCGAGGGUUUCGUUCAGACAAGCAGCCCUGCCAAUUUCCCAGAUGAUCCGCAGCCUAGUUAUGAUAGCGUUUCUGAGCUGGCUACUGUUCACAAAGACGACGGUUCGGUCGGGAGUAGGGCCAGCAGUGCGACUCUACUUAUUGCGUUGAUGUGCGCAGCAUACAAUUUCAUAUAAGAGAUGAAACAUGUAGAUGAUGGCCCUAACACAGGCCCGAUAAGGAGUAGCAAAGUGUAUAUAAGUUGCUCUUUAAGUAUAUUUAAUCUUACGAGGAGAUGAGCUAGGGAUUACGAGUACACAUGAGUCCGCAGUCAUUUAUAUCCUAUAUAUACCUAAUAUAUAUCAAUAUAUGGCUACUAAAAUGUUUCAAACCAGCUCAACUAAACAUUGGCCGCUUCACUUAGACAC